AGGGAGCCCUGCAGGAGAGGGUGUUACUUUGUCGCCCAGGCUGGCCUGGACCCCCAGGCUCAGCGACCCUCCCGUCCCUGGGUCCUCAGGCUCCCUCCCACCCGGCCGCAUUCUUGCUAUUUAAGCAGCAGGUGGUGACCUCGCUCCUCCCUGGCCUGAGCACUCCGUCGCGCAUCCCAGGCAGUGGCCCUAGGGAAGUCUCUGAAGCUGAGCACAGGGUGGACUCUCCCUCCUGAGUGAAUGGAGAAUAGAAAGGGAGAGGAUUUCUGUUCUGUUCUGUGGUCGUCAGUAUGAAAUUGUACGUUCCACCCAGGCAGGGCUUUGCAUUUUACAUUCUAGUUUGCAACCCCGUUCCAGACAAUUCCAGGGCUUUUGAAUCGUGCUUCAGCCUUCCUGACCGCUCUCGCUUCCAAAGCCCGAAAAAGAGAGUCGCUGGGAGCGAGGCUGAGAGAAGCACAGGUCCCGCCCCGGCCCCUCCCUCUGCCGGUUCUAAAGGGCAAGGUGUCUCCGCCUGGGGCCCCGCCUCUACCUCGAUCAGGCCCCGCCCACCGUCUCAUUGGCUCCACCCAGGCCUGGCUUUAGUUCUGUCCGCACAGAUGCGCGCAGACCAGGAAGCGGAUCCUGUGGAGUGAAGGUCGCACCGCGGCGAGAGUCUCACUCUGUCCUCCAGGCUGUGAGUGCAGUCUUGUGAUCUUGGCUCACUGCUACCUCUGUCUCCUGAGUUCAAGCAAUUCUUGUGCCUUAGCCUCCCAAGUAGCUGAGAUUACAGGGAGGAGGCAUGUUGAUUCUGAGCAAUAAACAACAUAUUUCUAACAUUCAGGAUUGACUUCUAAAGACUCUUGGUGUGUGAGGAAGAAACCUGGAAGAGGAAGAGGAAAGCAAAGGAGUCAGGGAUGGCUCUUCCUCAGGGUCUAUUGACAUUCAGGGAUGUGUCCAUAGAAUUCUCUCAGGAGGAGUGGAAAUGCCUGGACCCUGCUCAGAGGACUCUAUACAGGGACGUGAUGUUGGAGAAUUAUAGGAACCUGGUCUCCCUGGAUAUCUCUUCCAAAUGCAUCAUGAAGAUGUUCUCAUCAACAGGACAAGGCAAUACAGAAGUGAUCCACACAGGGACAUUGCAAAUACAUGCAAGUCAUCACAUUGGAGAUACUUGCUUCCAGGAAAUUGAGAAAGAUAUUCAUGACUUUGUGUUUCAGUGGCAAGAAAAUGAAACAAAUGGCCAUGAAGCACCCAUGACAGAAAUCAAAGAGUUGAUGAGUAGUACAGACCGAUAUGAUCAAAGGCAUGCUGGAAGCAAGCCUAUUAAAGAUGAGCUUGGAUCAAGCUUUUAUUCACAUCUGCCUGAACUGCACAUAUUUCACCCCGAAGGGAAAAUAGGUAGUCAAGUUGAGAAGGCUAUCAAGGAUGCUUUCUCAGUUUCAGCAUCCCAAAGAAUUUCCUGUAGGCCAAAAACUCGUAUUUCUAAUAAGUAUAGGAAUAAUUUCCUCCAGUCUUCAUUACUCACACAAAAACGGGAAGUACACACAAGAGAAAAAUCUUUCCAACAUAAUGAGAGUGGCAAAGCCUUUAAUUGUAGCUCACUCUUAAAAAAACAUCAGAUAAUCCAUUUAGGAGACAAACAGUAUAAAUGUGAUGUAUGUGGCAAGGUCUUUCAUCAGAAGCGAUACCUUGCAUGCCAUAGAUGUCACACUGGUGAGAAACCUUACAAGUGUAAUGAGUGUGGCAAGACUUUCAGUCAUAAUUCAGCCCUGUUAGUUCACAAGGCAAUUCAUACUGGAGAGAAACCUCACAAGUGUAAUGAAUGUGGCAAGGUUUUUAAUCAACAAUCAAACCUUGCACGUCAUCAUAGACUUCAUACUGGAGAGAAACCUUACAAAUGUGAACAAUGUGACAAAGUUUUCAGUCGCAAAUCACAUCUUGAAAGACACAGGAUAAUUCACACUGGAGAGAAACCAUACAAAUGUAAGGUUUGUGACAAGGCUUUCAGACGUGAUUCACACCUGGCACAACAUAGUGUAAUUCACACUGGAGAAAAACCUUACAAGUGUAAUGAGUGUGACAAGACCUUUGUUCAAAAUUCAUCUCUUGUAAUGCAUAAGGUCAUUCAUACUGGAGAGAAACGUUACAAGUGUAAUGAAUGUGGCAAAAGUUUUAAUCACAAAUCAAACCUUGCAUGUCAUCAUAGACUUCACACUGGAGAGAAACCUUACAAGUGUAAUGAAUGUGGCAAGGUUUUUAAUCGAAAAUCAAACCUUGAACGUCAUCAUAGACUUCAUACUGGAAAGAAAUCUUAGAAGUGUAAUUCUCAAGGUUUUUAGGCAACAAUCAAAGCUUGCAUGUCAUCAUAGACUUUACACUGGAGAGAAGCCUUACAAAUGUGAAGAAUGUGACAAAAGUUUUCAAUUUCAAAUCACUCCUUGAAAUACAUAGGAGAGUUCAUACUGGAGAGAAACCGUACAAAUGUAAGGUUUGUGACAAGGAUUUCGGGUGUGAUUCACACUUGUCCCAACAUACUGGAAGUCACAGUGGAAAGGAACUGUACAAGUGUAAUGAGUGUGGCAAAGCCUUUAGUGGUCAGUCAACACUUACCAUCAAGCAAUCCAUGGUACAGGGAAACUUGACUAAGGUAAUGAUUGUCACAAAGUCUUCAGUAAUAUUACAACCAUUGCAAAACAUUGGAGAAUCCAUAAUGAAGGAGGUCUUACAAAUGUAAUAAAUGUGGCAAGUUUUUCAGACAUCAUUCAUAGCUUGCAGUUCAUUGGUGAUCUUAUACAGGAGAGAAAUCUUACAAAUGUGAUGAUUGUGGCAAGGUCUUCAGUCAAGCUUCAUCUUUUGCAAAACGAGAGAAUUCAUACAGGAGAGAAACCUCACAAAUGUGAUGAUUGUGGCAAGGUCUUCAGUCAAGCUUCAUCUUUUGCAAAACGAGAGAAUUCAUACAGGAGAGAAACCUCACAAAUGUGAUGAUUGUGGCAUAGCGUUUACUUCACGUUCACACCACAUUAGAUAUCAGAGGAUCCAUACUGGACAGAAAUCUUACAAAUGUCAUAUGUGUGGCAAGGUCUUCAGUCCGAGGUUACUCCUUGCAGAAUAUCAUAACGUUCAUUUUUGAGGUAAUAGUUACAAAUGUAAUGAGCAUAGCAAACCAUCAAGGAUUAAUUGACCGUAGAGUCAGUUCAGAAUUGACUUGAGUUUGAGUUGACUUAAAACAUUCAGUUGAAGCAUUAAUUGACAUUAAAGUGUUUAUGUUAAGAGGAUUGGGCCAGGCGCGUGGCUCACGCCUGUAAUCUCAGCACUUUAGGAGCCCAAGGUGGGUAGAUCACUUGAGGUCGUGAGUUUGAGACCAGCCUGGCCAACAGACGUGAGUCACUAUUCCCAGUCUGCUUUUUGUUUCUUUAACAAAAACCAAUAGGGAUUUUUAUAGGUAUUGUGUUGAAUCUGAAUCACAUUGGCUUAUAUAAUAACUAUUAAUUUUUCCAAACCAUCAAUAUGGGUUGUAUAUAUAUGUUUUUAAUCAUUUUGGUCAAUGUUUGUAGAUUUCAAGGUGUGAAAUUCUCAGUUUUUUUACGUUUAUUCCUAAGUAUUUCUUACUUUAAGAUCUCUAGCAAAUAGUGUUUUUUAAUUUUCGUUUAAAUUUUUUAUUGUUAAUGUAUGGAAAUUCAACUGAUUUUUGGUGCUGCUAUUGCAUUGUGUAAAUCCACUGAAUGUGUUUAUUAGUUCCAGUAGUAUUUUGGUUGACUCAGGCCCCGCCCACCUCUUCGCCUCCCGUCUGGCCUGACCCAGGCCCCGCCCACAUCCUCGGGGGUCUCCCGCGGGUCUGGCUUCUGUACUGUGCUGAUUGGCACAGACCCGGAAGCUGAUGGCGUGGACUGAAGGUUGCCCCGUGGAGUUUGCGCUUCCCAGUUCUCUGGUGCUGCUAUACCGGGGAGGUGGGUGUUCCCACAGACCUGGAAAUUCCGGCCCCUCUUUCUCAACUCAGAGCAAAUUGAGACGUCCGGGUGGGAGUCCGUGAGUCUCUUCCUUUUGAGUUUAAAGUCGCCCUGAGGCUGGUCCCGUCCCCGUCUUUUCUGCAGCGGGGCCGUGCAGACACCUCCUGUCGUGAAACUUUCCUUCUCAAAACCCUUCCCGACCCGUCCUCCCGCCUCGCGCUGUUUCAAGUCCUCACCCGCGAGCUGGACUCUCGCCCUGGGCUCCUCCCAACCUUGCUCUCAUCGGCGUCUGGAGGGCAGCGCUGCAGCCCCAGUUGCCAGGUUUGUCUCAAACUCCUCGGCUUAACUGAUCCGCUUGCUUUGGACUUCCAAAGUGCUAGGAUUACAGGAGUGAGCCACCACACAUGGCCAGUCCUGGAAUUUUGUAGGAGGAUGACCAACGCAGCCUGUUGACCCCCUUCCUGGCCAUCCCGUGAAAAUCAGCGACUCCUCCUUACAAAACUCAGAGCUUCUCAGGAUAACUUGGUGAAACGUCCCCCGCUGUGAACCUCAGUGAGCCCACCUGUAACAUGGAGGUGAGGGAGAAGACCAGAAAAGCUCAGUCAGAGUGACACUGACCCCUGAAAUGAUGGGCACAAUGGAGUGUGUGGCUUUUCCUGUAGGAGAGGGUGAUGCUUAGUUGUAAUUUGAAUUUUAAAACAUUCCAGUUCUCCGAAAAACAGGAUUGGACUCAAAUCACCUUGAACCUUAUCAUCUCACGGCUUUGACCCACCUACACGGCUCCGUGUCCCCUGCAGGCCUUGCCCCUGAGCUCUACAAUCCUGUGUCCAGGUGUCUCCUCAGCUCUAUGCUGGUACAUCAAAUAGGCAUCUCCACCUUCACGUGUCUAUAAGUGACUUCCUAAACCCCCACACAUAUUCCCUUGCAGUCCUACAUGUCUCAGAUGAGGGUGAGAGUGUACUUCUGGGGGCUUAGCUGAGGUUGACACCAUGUAUUUUAAAUAUGGAAAAUAAAUUACAUUAUUUGUAA